AUGGUAGCAGGACCAGAAGUUUCCCGAACCAUACAGGAGUUUGAGACUAGCUCCAAGAAACCAGGAAGACCAGAUGACACACGUCACCAUGAUCAAACAACAAGUGUCCAAGUUGCAUUCAUCAAGGAUGUACGCUCUCUGGUCAGCGCAGUGGAACACCUUGGAAACCCCUUUGAAGAGGAAAGCAAGGACCUCAUUGCAAAAGAAAUUGCUGGGCCUUCAGCUGGGUCAGGAACCUCUGAAAGUGCUGCAACAAUCACAGGUUCAGGCCCAACCACUUCAGGCGAGGCAGCAACAUCUGCAGACUCCACAACAUCAGAAAUUGGAUCAACCACUCAAGCUGGCACAUCUGAGACUGCUGACCCAACAUCACAACCUGAAACAUCAGCUUCCACUGACGCACUGACAUCAAAGACUGCUGAAACAUCUACAGAAUCUGGACCAACAUCUUCUACAGAGUCAGGAACCUCUGAAAGUGCUGCAACAAUCACAGGUUCAGGCCCAACAACUUCAGGCGAGGCAGCGACAUCUGCAGACUCCACAACAUCUUCUUUCUGGACAACAUUUUCUUUCUGGACAACAUCAGAACUUGGAUCAUCCACUCAAGCUGGCACAUCUGAGACUGCUGACCCAACAUCACAACCUGAAACAUCAGCUUCCACUGACACACUGACAUCACAGACUGUUGAAACAUCUACAGAAUCUGGAACUGCACCUUCUACACAGUCAGGAACCUCUGAAAAAUCUGGACCUACAGCUUCUACGGAGUCAGAAACCUCUGAAAGUGCUGCAACAAUCACAGGAUCAGCCCCAACCACUUCAGCCGAGGCAGUGACAUCUGCAGACUCCAUAACAUCAGAACUUGGAUCAACCACUCAAGUUGGCACACCUGAGACUGCUGACCCAACAUCACAACCUGAAACAUCAGCUUCCACUGACACACUGACAUCACAGACUGUUGAAACAUCUACAGAAUCUGGAACUGCACCUUCUACAGAGUCAGGAACCUCUGAAAGUGCUGCAACAAUCACAGAAUCUGGACCUACAUCUUCUACAGAGUCAGGAACCUCUGAAAGUGCUGCAACAAUCCCAGGUUCAGGCCCAACCACUUCAGGCGAGGCAGCAACAUCUGCAGACUCCACAACAUCAGAACUUGGAUCAACCACUCCAGCUGGCACAUCUGAGACUGCUAACCCAACAUCACAACCUGAAACAUCAGCUUCCACUGACGCACUGACAUCACAGACUGUUGAAACAUCUACAGAAUCUGGAACUGCACCUUCUACAGAGUCAGGAACCUCUGAAAGUGCUGCAACAAUCACAGAAUCUGGAACUGCACCUUCUACAGAGUCAGGAACCUCUGAAAGUGCUGCAACAAUCACAGGUUCAGGCCCAACCACUUCAGGCGAGGCAGCGACAUCUGCAGACUCCACAACAUCAGAACUUGGAUCAACCACUCAAGCUGGCACAUCUCAGACUGCUGACCCAACAUCACAACCUGAAACAUCAGCUUCCACUGACACACUGACAUCACAGACUGUUGAAACGUCUACAGAAUCUGGAACUGCACCUUCUACACAGUCGGGAACCUCUGAAAGUGCUGCAACAAUCACAGGAUCAGGCCCAACCACUUCAGGCGAGGCAGCGACAUCUGCAGACUCCACAACAUCAGAACUUGGAUCAUCCACUCAAGCUGGCACACCUGAGACUGCUGACCCAACAUCACAACCUGAAACAUCAGCUUCCACUGACACACUGACAUCACAGACUGCUGAAACGUCUACAGAAUCUGGACCUACAUCUUCUACAGAGUCAGGAACCUCUGAAAGUGCUGCAACAAUCACAGAAUCUGGACCUACAUCUUCUACAGAGUCAGGAACCUCUGAAAGUGCUGCAACAAUCACAGGUUCAGGCCCAACCACUUCAGGCGAGGCAGCGACAUCUGCAGACUCCACAACAUCAGAACUUGGAUCAACCACUCAAGCUGGCACAUAUCAGACUGCUGACCCAACAUCACAACCUGAAACAUCAGCUUCCACUGACACACUGACAUCACAGACUGCUGAAACGUCUACAGAAUCUGGACCUACAUCUUCUACAGAGUCAGGAACCUCUGAAAGUGCUGCAACAAUCACAGAACCUGGAACUGCACCUUCUACAGAGUCAGGAACCUCUGAAAGUGCUGCAACAAUCACAGGUUCAGGCCCAACCACUUCAGGCGAGGCAGCGACAUCUGCAGACUCCACAACAUCAGAACUUGGAUCAACCACUCAAGCUGGCACAUCUCAGACUGCUGACCCAACAUCACAACCUGAAACAUCAGCUUCCACUGACACACUGACAUCACAGACUGUUGAAACAUCUACAGAAUCUGGAACUGCACCUUCUACAGAGUCAGGAACCUCUGAAAGUGCUGCAACAAUCACAGGUUCAGGCCCAACCACUUCAGGCGAGGCAGCGACAUCUGCAGACUCCACAACAUCAGAACUUGGAUCAACCACUCAAGCUGGCACAUCUCAGACUGCUGACCCAACAUCACAACCUGAAACAUCAGCUUCCACUGACACACUGACAUCACAGACUGCUGAAACGUCUACAGAAUCUGGACCUACAUCUUCUACAGAGUCAGGAACCUCUGAAAGUGCUGCAACAAUCACAGGAUCAGGCCCAACCACUUCAGGCGAGGCAGCGACAUCUGCAGACUCCACAACAUCAGAACUUGGAUCAUCCACUCAAGCUGGCACACCUGAGACUGCUGACCCAACAUCACAACCUGAAACAUCAGCUUCCACUGACACACUGACAUCACAGACUGCUGAAACGUCUACAGAAUCUGGACCUACAUCUUCUACAGAGUCAGGAACCUCUGAAAGUGCUGCAACAAUCACAGGUUCAGGCCCAACCACUUCAGGCGAGGCAGCGACAUCUGCAGACUCCACAACAUCAGAACUUGGAUCAUCCACUCAAGCUGGCACACCUGAGACUGCUGACCCAACAUCACAACCUGAAACAUCAGCUUCCACUGACACACUGACAUCACAGACUGCUGAAACGUCUACAGAAUCUGGACCUACAUCUUCUACAGAAUCAGGAACCUCUGAAAGUGCUGCAACAAUCACAGGUUCAGGCCCAACCACUUCAGAAUCUGGACCUACAUCUUCUACAGAGUCAGGAACCUCUGAAAGUGCUGCAACAAUCACAGGAUCAGGCCCAACCACUUCAGGCGAGGCAGCGACAUCUGCAGACUCCACAACAUCAGAACUUGGAUCAUCCACUCAAGCUGGUACACCUGAGACUGCUGGCCCAACAUCACAACCUGAAACAUCAGCUUCCACUGACACACUGACAUCACAGACUGCUGAAACGUCUACAGAAUCUGGACCUACAUCUUCUACAGAGUCAGGAACCUCUGAAAGUGCUGCAACAAUCACAGGAUCAGGCCCAACCACUUCAGGCGAGGCAGCGACAUCUGCAGACUCCACAACAUCAGAACUUGGAUCAUCCACUCAAGCUGGCACACCUGAGACUGCUGACCCAACAUCACAACCUGAAACAUCAGCUUCCACUGACACACUGACAUCACAGACUGUUGAAACAUCUACAGAAUCUGGAACUGCACCUUCUACAGAGUCAGGAACCUCUGAAAGUGCUGCAACAAUCACAGGUUCAGGCCCAACCACUUCAGGCGAGGCAGCGACAUCUGCAGACUCCACAACAUCAGAACUUGGAUCAACCACUCAAGCUGGCACAUCUCAGACUGCUGACCCAACAUCACAACCUGAAACAUCAGCUUCCACUGACACACUGACAUCACAGACUGCUGAAACGUCUACAGAAUCUGGACCUACAUCUUCUACAGAGUCAGGAACCUCUGAAAGUGCUGCAACAAUCACAGGUUCAGGCCCAACCACUUCAGGCGAGGCAGCGACAUCUGCAGACUCCACAACAUCAGAACUUGGAUCAUCCACUCAAGCUGGCACACCUGAGACUGCUGACCCAACAUCACAACCUGAAACAUCAGCUUCCACUGACACACUGACAUCACAGACUGCUGAAACGUCUACAGAAUCUGGACCUACAUCUUCUACAGAGUCAGGAACCUCUGAAAGUUCUGCAACAAUCACAGGUUCAGGCCCAACCACUUCAGAAUCUGGACCUACAUCUUCUACAGAGUCAGGAACCUCUGAAAGUGCUGGAACAAUCACAGGUUCAGGCCCAACCACUUCAGGCGAGGCAGCGACAUCUGCAGACUCCACAACAUCUUCUUUCUGGACAACAUCAGAACUUGGAUCAUCCACUCAAGCUGGCACACCUGAGACUGCUGACCCAACAUCACAACCUGAAACAUCAGCUUCCACUGACACACUGACAUCACAGACUGUUGAAACAUCUACAGAACCUGGAACUGCACCUUCUACAGAGUCAGGAACCUCUGAAAGUGCUGCAACAAUCACAGGUUCAGGCCCAACCACUUCAGGCGAGGCAACGACAUCUGCAGACUCCACAACAUCAGAACUUGGAUCAACCACUCAAGCUGGCACAUCUCAGACUGCUGACCCAACAUCACAACCUGAAACAUCAGCUUCCACUGACACACUGACAUCACAGACUGCUGAAACGUCUACAGAAUCUGGACCUACAUCUUCUACAGAGUCAGGAACCUCUGAAAGUGCUGCAACAAUCACAGGUUCAGGCCCAACCACUUCAGGCGAGGCAGCAACAUCUGCAGACUCCACAACAUCAGAACUUGGAUCAACCACUCAAGCUGGCACAUCUGAGACAGCUGACCCAACAUCACAACCUGAAACAUCAGCUUCCACUGACACACUGACAUCACAGACUGUUGAAACAUCUACAGGGCCUUCAGAUACGACCCUGGUUCCUGAAACCAUCCAUACUGUCCCAUCAACAUCAAAUCCUUUUGAGACAACUGCACAACCUGAACCAACAAUUCCUACAGGGUCAAUCACGAUUGAGACUGCAGGUACAAGCUCAACAUUAGGCCCGACCAGUACAGGGGUUUCAAUCUCUUCUGACUCUGCUGGGACAACAGCAGAAACUGGACAAACCCAUCCCACAUCUGGGCCUUCAGAUACGACCCUGGUUCCUGAAACCAUCCAUACUGUCCCAUCAACAUCAAAUCCUUUUGAGACAACUGCACAACCUGAACCAACAAUUCCUACAGGGUCAAUCACGAUUGAGACUGCGGGUACAAGCUCAUCAUCAGGCCCGACCAGUACAGGGGUUUCAAUCUCUUCUGACUCUGCUGGGACAACAGCAGAAACUGGACAAACCCAUCCCACAUCUGGGCCUUCAGAUACGACCCUGGUUCCUGAAACCAUCCAUACUGUCCCGUCAACAUCAAAUCCUUUUGAGACAACUGCACAACCUGAACCAACAAUUCCUACAGGGUCAAUCACGAUUGAGACUGCGGGUACAAGCUCAUCAUCAGGCCCGACCAGUACAGGGGCUUCAAUAUCUUCUGACUCUGCUGGGACAACAGCAGAAACUGGACAAACCCAUCCCACAUCUGGGCCUUCAGAUACGACCCUGGUUCCUGAAACCAUCCAUACUGUCCCGUCAACAUCAAAUCCUUUUGAGACAACUGCACAACCUGAACCAACAAUUCCUACAGGGUCAAUCACGAUUGAGACUGCAGGUACAAGCUCAUCAUCAGGCCCGACCAGUACAGGGGCUUCAAUAUCUUCUGACUCUGCUGGGACAACAGCAGAAACUGGACAAACCCAUCCCACAUCUGGGCCUUCAGAUACGACCCUGGUUCCUGAAACCAUCCAUACUGUCCCAUCAACAUCAAAUCCUUUUGAGACAACUGCACAACCUGAACCAACAAUUCCUACAGGGUCAAUCACGAUUGAGACUGCAGGUACAAGCUCAACAUUAGGCCCGACCAGUACAGGGGUUUCAAUCUCUUCUGACUCUGCUGGGACAACAGCAGAAACUGGACAAACCCAUCCCACAUCUGGGCCUUCAGAUACGACCCUGGUUCCUGAAACCAUCCAUACUGUCCCAUCAACAUCAAAUCCUUUUGAGACAACUGCACAACCUGAACCAACAAUUCCUACAGGGUCAAUCACGAUUGAGACUGCAGGUACAAGCUCAUCAUCAGGCCCGACCAGUACAGGGGCUUCAAUAUCUUCUGACUCUGCUGGGACAACAGCAGAAACUGGACAAACCCAUCCCACAUCUGGGCCUUCAGAUACGACCCUGGUUCCUGAAACCAUCCAUACUGUCCCAUCAACAUCAAAUCCUUUUGAGACAACUGCACAACCUGAACCAACAAUUCCUACAGGGUCAAUCACGAUUGAGACUGCGGGUACAAGCUCAUCAUCAGGCCCGACCAGUACAGGGGCUUCAAUCUCUUCUGACUCUGCUGGGACAACAGCAGAAACUGGACAAACCCAUCCCACAUCUGGGCCUUCAGAUACGACCCUGGUUCCUGAAACCAUCCAUACUGUCCCGUCAACAUCAAAUCCUUUUGAGACAACUGCACAACCUGAACCAACAAUUCCUACAGGGUCAAUCACGAUUGAGACUGCAGGUACAAGCUCAUCAUCAGGCCCGACCAGUACAGGGGCUUCAAUAUCUUCUGACUCUGCUGGGACAACAGCAGAAACUGGACAAACCCAUCCCACAUCUGGGCCUUCAGAUACGACCCUGGUUCCUGAAACCAUCCAUACUGUCCCAUCAACAUCAAAUCCUUUUGAGACAACUGCACAACCUGAACCAACAAUUCCUACAGGGUCAAUCACGAUUGAGACUGCAGGUACAAGCUCAACAUUAGGCCCGACCAGUACAGGGGUUUCAAUCUCUUCUGACUCUGCUGGGACAACAGCAGAAACUGGACAAACCCAUCCCACAUCUGGGCCUUCAGAUACGACCCUGGUUCCUGAAACCAUCCAUACUGUCCCAUCAACAUCAAAUCCUUUUGAGACAACUGCACAACCUGAACCAACAAUUCCUACAGGGUCAAUCACGAUUGAGACUGCGGGUACAAGCUCAUCAUCAGGCCCGACCAGUACAGGGGUUUCAAUCUCUUCUGACUCUGCUGGGACAACAGCAGAAACUGGACAAACCCAUCCCACAUCUGGGCCUUCAGAUACGACCCUGGUUCCUGAAACCAUCCAUACUGUCCCGUCAACAUCAAAUCCUUUUGAGACAACUGCACAACCUGAACCAACAAUUCCUACAGGGUCAAUCACGAUUGAGACUGCGGGUACAAGCUCAUCAUCAGGCCCGACCAGUACAGGGGCUUCAAUAUCUUCUGACUCUGCUGGGACAACAGCAGAAACUGGACAAACCCAUCCCACAUCUGGGCCUUCAGAUACGACCCUGGUUCCUGAAACCAUCCAUACUGUCCCGUCAACAUCAAAUCCUUUUGAGACAACUGCACAACCUGAACCAACAAUUCCUACAGGGUCAAUCACGAUUGAGACUGCAGGUACAAGCUCAUCAUCAGGCCCGACCAGUACAGGGGCUUCAAUAUCUUCUGACUCUGCUGGGACAACAGCAGAAACUGGACAAACCCAUCCCACAUCUGGGCCUUCAGAUACGACCCUGGUUCCUGAAACCAUCCAUACUGUCCCAUCAACAUCAAAUCCUUUUGAGACAACUGCACAACCUGAACCAACAAUUCCUACAGGGUCAAUCACGAUUGAGACUGCAGGUACAAGCUCAACAUUAGGCCCGACCAGUACAGGGGUUUCAAUCUCUUCUGACUCUGCUGGGACAACAGCAGAAACUGGACAAACCCAUCCCACAUCUGGGCCUUCAGAUACGACCCUGGUUCCUGAAACCAUCCAUACUGUCCCAUCAACAUCAAAUCCUUUUGAGACAACUGCACAACCUGAACCAACAAUUCCUACAGGGUCAAUCACGAUUGAGACUGCGGGUACAAGCUCAUCAUCAGGCCCGACCAGUACAGGGGUUUCAAUCUCUUCUGACUCUGCUGGGACAACAGCAGAAAGUGGACAAACCCAUCCCACAUCUGGGCCUUCAGAUACGACCCUGGUUCCUGAAACCAUCCAUACUGUCCCAUCAACAUCAAAUCCUUUUGAGACAACUGCACAACCUGAACCAACAAUUCCUACAGGGUCAAUCACGAUUGAGACUGCGGGUACAAGCUCAUCAUCAGGCCCGACCAGUACAGGGGUUUCAAUCUCUUCUGACUCUGCUGGGACAACAGCAGAAACUGGACAAACCCAUCCCACAUCUGGGCCUUCAGAUACCACAAUAUCAACUGUGACCAGUCCAGGGGAUUUAUCAACAUCUGCCUCUGUUCAGGCAACAUCAGGUCUUGGACCAACCAGUCCGGCUGGCUCAACUUCUGAGCCAGGUGACACAACCAUUGCAACUGAACCAACAACUUCCACUGACCCAUUAAUAUCAAACCCAACUUCUCAACCUGAACCUACGAUUCACACAGAGUCAGUUACAUCUGAGAGUACUAGUAUGUCUCCCACAGCAUCAUCCAGUCUUCCUGACACGACCAUGUCGUCAGCAGUCCCAUCUGCCCCAGUGCAUUCAACAACAUCUGCUCCAGCUGGGACAACAUCAGAAACUGGACAAACCAGUGGCAAAGCAACAACUGAGCCUGCUGACACAACCAUGCAGUCUGAAACGACUGCUUCCACCAAACCUGUCACAUCACAGCCGGGCAAGACGACCUCACUACCUGCAACAACUUCUCCACAAAGCACGCCCUCAACCACUCAAUCUUCAACAACAAUGGGCACAACAGCAGAGGCUCUCAUCUGCCAGAAUGGUGGAACACUCAACGGGUCCAUCUGUCUCUGUUUGCCUGGAUUCAGCGGGACGGAAUGCGAGUUCGUUGAAACCCUUGAGCCAGCUGUGCUCAACCGAUCAGUGGUAGUUAAUGUGGUGAUCAAUAAGGUAUAUAACGACAAAUACGACGACCAAUCUACACCUGAAUACAAAGAGUUCGUCUGGAAUUUCACAAUCACGAUGGAGAGGUUUUAUCUGGACAAAAACAUUAAACACUUCAAGGAAGUCGUGGUGACCAGCGUGAGCCGCGGUGGCCCUCUGGUCCGAAGUUUACCUAACCCUGAGGCUGAGGGGAGGUUGCGUGCUGAAGCGAGGGCUGCCCCACCAGAAUCAGGUGUCAGUGUCAUACAUGAUGUGAUCUUGCAAAUACCGAACAACAAGUCCGAGGAACGGUACAACAACAGCGCCACAGAGGUUUCCGAUGCCUUAAAUGUGCUUCGUAACUGCACUGACGAUUGUGUCUACAACGUCACAGAAACCACGGUGAACGUCACAGAUGUGACCAAGGACAAUGUGUGUGAUGGUGAAUACUACCUGGUUUUGGUCCUUGAGGGAACAGUCACCUGUGCAACUGUAUGUCACGCUCGUCAUCCUAACCAAAAAAUAUGCCAAAACAAGGGCACAUGCAGAUACUACAAGGAGUUUGGACCUGAUUGCAAAUGUAAAAAUGUGGAUUCGACCUGGUACAUGAGCGACGACUGCAGCCUGCCGAUACAGAAGACGCCCUUUUUAGCAGGUUUAGGUGUUACUCUUGGUCUGAUGCUCGUGACCGUGGGAGCCCUGACUGCGUACACGCUGGUCAACAAACACAGACAAACACGGAAAAGAGACAUCAAAGAGAAGUUGGUGAACCAGUGGCUGGACGAGGAGUUUGAAUGGUCUCGGUCCAACAGCUCAGCAGGCCCAGAUGGAGGAGACCUAAGGAACCCCACCUUCGCAGAUGAAGAAUCUGCUGUUGGCACCCGCCCUGCACCUUUGCCUCAGCCAUCUUCAGAUACCACCAGCAUACAGCCAAGUUUGCCAUCAUCAGUUUCUAUUGGUGGAGACUCACCGCCGGACGGUUUUUCUCUAUAUUCCAGCGACUUCUCCCCCAACCAGACGAUGAGGAUCAGCCGGCCUCAGAUCCAGACGACCUUGGAUGCCUGAACAAGAAAUCAACCCUUCAAUAUUUUUUUAAAUUAUAAUGAAUUCAUUUAUUCAAAUCUUUUUGCUGCCUUUAUAAACUAUUUAUAUUAAAGUAUUUCCCUUUAUUUUGUGUUAUCAAUACAUACUGUCAACUGCUUACUUUUUACGUGAAUCACAAAGACGUUGAAACUAAAAUUCUCACAUUUGCUCUUCAAACUUCCUCACCGGUCUAGUGUCCAUCUCUAGUUUGCUGUGGUCCUUCUCAUGACAACGUUGUCAUAAAUGCUGCCUUUCUUAUGGGAUAAAAAGAUUAUUUGUUUUUGGAGUGUGUCUGCCAAUGAUGAUCAAGGUCUGAGGCAGAGGCAUGGUGAGAGCAGUGUUGAUUGUGGGAUACUGAGGAGGGAGGUUUACGUGAUUUGGCACUAUUAUUUAUGCUUUUUUGUGCUUUUGAUGUUAUUCAUGUUAAUUAAAAGAAGUGUUUCAGAUUAA